AUGCUUGAGAAGAUUCUCUCAAAAACCUCUCCUGAUUGGCAUAUGAAACUUGAGCGGUGGCGACCAGAGACGCACACAUUUCAUUUCCCCAUUGGCGAGGCCACUAUCACGCUGCAGGACGUGGAGGUCCUUUAUGGGCUGCCGGUUGAUGGACUUGCUAUUGCUUUGCCGCGAGCCAUGAGAGAUUAUACGGGAGCUCAGUACCUGGAGACUUUGCAGUGGCUCACCGGUUUCCGGCCAGAGGAUGAGGGUGUAUUUGUUGGGGCUAGUCGUAUUUCGUUGAUGCCCAUCUGGCAGUAUUUGGAGGCCAUCCAUGAUGACAUUGAUCAUGAUACACCGGCGCUUCAUAUUAGGUGGUACACGAGGUCGUUGUUGCUGCUUAUGUUUGGAGGCUAUUGCUGGGGUGCUGCUGUUCUUGGUUACUUGUACCGGCAGAUGUGCCGACCAUACAUGGGCACCCAGCGAUACGUUGCAUGA